ACUUCAUUUAUAAAUCGGCAGUAUUUCGUGUAUUAUUUUUGUGUGGCAUUUUUUGGUGGUCAGUUUACUCUAGCGUAACUCUCACGAAGGCAAAAUAUUUAUGGUUAAGAUGUGAUGUCAUACUUCGGACAAGAAAGGCAGACAAACUGAAUCUGUUUGUUGCUGUAGUACAAAAUUACCAGUUUGUAUUGGACAUCACACAACUUAGCUAGCAAGCUAGGUAGCAAACAUGAGCUAUUAAUAAUAGCUAGUUAGGUAUUAUUGCGCAUGGCUAACGCAAAUUACAUUCCAAGUUCAUUUUUAUCUAGCUUAUGAUGUGUGGUAGCUAUGUCCCAUUAAAGGGGCUGAUCUCCUGUUAGUUAGCUUUCAGCUAACUAGCUGGUUGGCCAGAUAACUGCAUGUUGUUCCCCCACAGAGACUAACAAAGGCUCCCUCCAGUUUGAGGACAAGUGGGAUUUGAUGCGCCCUAUUGUUCUGAAGCUGCUUCGCCAGGAGUCCGUUACCAAACAGCAGUGGUUUGAUCUGUUCUCAGAUGUUCAUGCGGUUUGUCUUUGGGACGAUAAAGGUCCUGCAAAGAUCCAUCAGGCUCUCAAAGAAGAUAUUCUAGAUUUUAUCAAGCAAGCACAGGCGAGGGUGCUAAGCCACCAGGAUGACACGGCCCUGCUCAAGGCCUACAUCGUUGAGUGGAGGAAGUUCUUCACCCAGUGUGACAUCCUCCCCAAGCCCUUCUGCCAGCUGGAGAUCACCCUAAUGGGAAAGCAAGGCAGCAACAAGAAGUCCAACGUGGAGGACAGCAUUGUGAGGAAGCUCAUGCUGGACACGUGGAAUGAGUCGAUCUUCUCCAACAUCAAGAACCGUCUGCAGGACAGUGCGAUGAAGCUGGUUCAUGCAGAGCGUCUCGGGGAAGCUUUCGACUCGCAGCUGGUCAUCGGGGUGCGGGAAUCGUAUGUCAAUCUGUGCUCCAAUCCUGAGGACAAGCUGCAGAUAUACAGAGAUAAUUUUGAGAAGGCGUAUCUGGACUCCACCGAGAGGUUUUACAGAACGCAAGCACCUUCAUAUCUGCAGCAGAAUGGAGUUCAGAACUAUAUGAAAUAUGCAGAUGCUAAGUUAAGGGAAGAGGAGAAACGUGCACUACGUUAUUUAGAGACAAGACGUGAAUGUAACUCUGUACAAGCACUUAUGGAAUGUUGUGUGAAUGCUCUGGUGACGUCGUUCAAAGAGACGAUCCUGGCGGAAUGCCCGGGCAUGAUCAAGCGAAACGAGACUGAGAGUGAGUACAGCAGGAGCGGUAGUGCUGCUGACUCAGUAAGCUCAGAGUUGCACCUUAUGUUCUCUCUCAUGGACAAGGUUCCCAGUGGCAUCGAGCCCAUGCUAAAGGACCUGGAGGACCACAUCAUGAACGCAGGUCUGGCCGACAUGGUGGCAGCAGCCGAAACCAUCACCACUGACUCAGAAAAGUAUGUAGAGCAGCUCCUCACACUGUUCAACCGGUUUAGUAAACUGGUGAAAGAGGCCUUUCAGGAUGACCCACGGUUCCUGACAGCCAGAGACAAAGCUUACAAAGCUGUUGUGAAUGACGCCACAAUAUUCAAACUGGAGCUCCCACUGAAACAAAAGGGCGUGGGACUGAAAACUCAGCCCGAGUCCAAGUGUCCAGAACUGCUGGCUAACUAUUGCGACAUGCUGCUGAGAAAGACGCCAUUGAGCAAGAAACUCACCUCAGAGGAGAUCGAGGCAAAGCUGAAAGAAGUGCUGUUGGUGCUGAAGUACGUGCAGAAUAAAGACGUGUUCAUGCGAUAUCACAAAGCGCAUCUGACCCGUCGCUUGAUCCUGGACAUCUCCGCAGACAGCGAGAUCGAAGAGAACAUGGUGGAGUGGCUCAGGGAAGUAGGCAUGCCUGCAGACUAUGUGAACAAACUGGCCAGGAUGUUCCAGGAUAUCAAAGUGUCUGAGGACCUCAAUCAGGCCUUCAAGGAGAUGCAUAAACACAACAAACUGGCUUUACCAGCCGAUUCCGUCAACAUCAAGAUCCUGAACGCCGGUGCCUGGUCCCGUAGCUCAGAAAAGGUGUUUGUGUCCCUGCCCACUGAGCUGGAGGACCUCAUCCCUGAAGUGGAGGAGUUCUACAAGAAAAACCACAGUGGAAGGAAGCUGCACUGGCACCACCUCAUGUCCAAUGGCAUUAUUACAUUCAAGAACGAAGUGGGGCAAUAUGACCUAGAGGUUACAACCUUCCAGCUAGCCGUCCUAUUCGCUUGGAACCAAAGACCCAGAGAAAAGAUUAGUUUUGAAAAUUUAAAGUUAGCCACAGAGCUUCCAGAUGCUGAACUGAGAAGGACACUCUGGUCUCUCGUAGCCUUCCCCAAGCUCAAGCGGCAAGUGCUUUCAUAUGAACCUCAAGUCAGCUCUCCCAAAGACUUUGCCGAAGGCACGCUGUUCUUUGUCAAUCAGGAGUUUUCUUUGAUAAAAAACUCGAAGGUGCAGAAGAGGGGGAAGAUUAACUUGAUUGGCCGGCUACAGUUAACCACAGAGCGAAUGAGAGAGGAGGAGAACGAGGGCAUCGUUCAGCUGAGGAUAUUAAGAACACAGGAGGCCAUUAUCCAGAUCAUGAAAAUGCGGAAGAAGAUCACUAAUGCCCAGCUUCAGACCGAGCUGGUGGAGAUCCUGAAGAACAUGUUUUUACCACAAAAGAAAAUGAUCAAAGAACAGAUUGAAUGGCUGAUCGAGCACAAGUACAUCAAGAGGGACGAAACAGACAUUAACACCUUCAUCUACAUGGCGUAGCACAGAAUCGCGGCAGACCGGAGCCAUUGGGAAGACUGUGAUGAUAUUGGUGAGGAUGAUGAUGAUGAUUAUGCCUGGUGGACAGUGUUGACUGCGUUGGCUGGAGGCACCACGACAGCAAAACAGGCUUGUGUCAGCAACGAACUUGGACCUAUGACUGACGAUUCAGUAACGGAAAUAUUAAAAUCCCUGCCUUACCAUACAAAACGAUAAAAUAAAGAAAAGAAAAAAAACUAAUAAAAAUUCAAAAAAGAAAACAAAGGACUACAUUUUGCCAGUUUGUAGGCAGUCUGCAUGGUGGCGUUGGCCUUGGUGUUUCUGUGUCUCUGAGCAGCAUGCUGUUCUCUGGAGCUCACCCCCGCGUCCUUUCAGAGAACAUUAUGUGUGUAAAGUGUGUCCAGGCACCGUCCCUUCACCUCCCCUCACCAGCUGGAGCACAGAGACUUGCCCUCGAUAGACAGGCCACACCCCUCCCGCUGAGACCCGAGAGAGAGAGAGUGGGGGAGGGCGGUGCACGACCUUCUGUUUGAACGUAAAGAAUUGUGACUGUACAAUGAGACCAUUUGCACUCUAUGCCUUUUAAUCUGUCUGCAUACGGAAAUAUCCUACUCUUGUGCACUUCACAUGAACUCACUUUGGUUAUAAUGGAAAUGGUAUUAAAUCAACAGUCUUUGGCAUAAUCCA